GAUAUACGCACGCUAUGUAAAGGUUGGUGAUGGUACGCAGUUCAUACUGGUUACUGGUUCAUACACAGAGAUUGAUAGAGAUUAUUACACAUAUUAUAAGUGGCGGUGUGCAUUUUUCAUGCAAAUGUAAAUUUAUUGUUAGUUUGUUACAUACAAAAUGGGUAUAUUAGAGAAAAUAUCUGAAAUUGAGAAAGAAAUUGCCAGGACACAAAAAAACAAAGCUACUGAAUAUCAUUUAGGAUUAUUAAAAGCAAAACUUGCAAAAUAUAGGUCACAACUUUUAGAACCAGGAAAGAAAUCUGAAAAAGGAGAAGGAUUUGAUGUGUUAAAAUCUGGGGAUGCAAGAGUAGCUUUAAUAGGUUUUCCUUCUGUGGGAAAAUCUACUUUGUUAAGCACACUAACACAUACAGAAUCUGAAGCAGCAUCUUAUGAAUUUACUACACUAACUUGUAUUCCUGGUGUUAUAGAAUAUAAAGGGGCUAAUAUUCAGCUUCUUGAUCUUCCUGGAAUAAUUGAAGGUGCAGCACAGGGCAAAGGAAGAGGCAGACAGGUGAUUGCUGUUGCUAGAACAGCAGACUUAGUUCUUAUGAUGCUGGAUGCUACUAAACAGGAUGUACAAAGGCAACUUUUAGAGAAAGAAUUAGAAUCAGUUGGUAUACGACUUAAUAAGAAAAAACCAAACAUUUAUUUUAAAGUGAAGAAGGGAGGUGGAUUGGCCUUCAAUUCAACAUGUCCAUUGACAAAUGUGGAUGAGAAAUUAGUUCAAAUGAUUCUUCAUGAAUACAAGAUUUUUAAUGCUGAAGUUUUAUUUCGUGAAGAUUGUAGUGCAGAUGAAUUAAUUGACGUGAUAAAUGCUAAUAGAGUAUAUUUGCCAUGCCUGUAUGUACAUAACAAAAUAGAUCAAAUAUCAAUAGAAGAAGUGGACAGAAUUGCUAGGCAACGUAAUAGUGUAGUAGUUAGUUGUAACAUGAAAUUGAAUCUGGAUUUCCUGCUUGAGACUUUAUGGGAACUUUUAUCAUUGAUAAGGGUAUACACAAAGAAACCAGGGCAACCACCUGAUUUUGAAGAUGGUUUAAUAUUACGAAGAGGUGUUACUGUGGAACAUGUCUGUCAUGGUAUUCAUCGUACACUUGCCCAGCAAUUUAAAUAUGCUCUUGUCUGGGGUACAAGUACAAAAUAUUCACCUCAGAGAGUAGGAUUGCAGCAUGUCAUGCACGAUGAGGAUGUUAUUCAAGUAGUUAAAAAAUAAA